CCCAAAGCCGUCCUCCAUCGCGCACUGUGAUCGCUUCAUGGAGGAAGGCGAGCGCAAGGAGGGGGAGACCAAGUACCGGGGGGUCCGCCGUCGUCCGUGGGGGAAGUACGCGGCGGAGAUACGCGACCCCAGCAAGCACGGCGCCCGCGUCUGGCUCGGCACGUUCAACACCGCCGAGGAGGCCGCCCGGGCCUACGACAGGGCCGCCUACGAGAUGCGGGGCGCGCUCGCCGUCCUCAACUUCCCCGGCGAGAUCCAUUCCCGACACGCGAGCUCGUCGACCCCGAGCAGAGCUCGCCAGAGCGAGGGCGCGGCCACCGGGAGGCAAGUGAUCGAGCUGGAGUGCUUGGAUGACAAGGUGUUGGAGGAGCUUCUGGCGUCGUCGGAGAAGGGUGACGAGAAGUGAAGCGAGAGAUACCAGUCUUUCUUGUCAGCUCUUCUGCUGCCUCCGACAGCUUUGCUUAGGUUACAUGAAGCGUGAGAAAGAUCAUGUUUGCAUUCCAUAAAUAUAUGCUUCAGAUUCGAGCAAAUUUAGCUGCUCAUCAUGUGUUUUCAUCGAAGUAAGUCGAGGGAUUUGAAGACUGGAAAAAGUCAAUGGACUGUAUUGACUUCUUCGAGAAGCAAAAGAGAAUUUGGAUGAGGGUUUCAAGGAUUUAGGUUUGACGAAGAGGUCUUCGAUGGUUUGGAAGAGAUCCGAUGCAGACAGUAAGUAUUUGGGUUUGGCUGAGUUCAAUCAGGAGUCUCUUGUAUCAGUUAAACAAUCAA